UCAUGCAACCAAAACAAAGUCACAUGGUUUAAAGAGCACGUUUUGAGCUCCGCCUCCUUGCAGAAUCAAAACAAACCGGCUUGCGGGUUACCGGCGAAACAGCUGAUUUUGACGUGGAUAUUUUGCGAUAGAUUUGACACAAACUGAACGGAAAUCUGGAGGGGUACUUGGAAGGAGGUUCCAGGGGUAGAGUAGAGGAGAUGUUUGGCUCAAGGAGGUUAGCGAAACGGUCGAUAAUUGGGACCAGAGUGAGCGCUCAGUGGAAAGAUGGCCGAUUUUAUCCGGGCGUAAUUCAGGCAACCAGAAAUGCGCAGAACGGGGAUACGAUUUACAACGUCAUGUUCGAUGACGGUUUUGCAAAGGAGGUGGGAGAGGUGAGCCUGAUUGCUCCAGGGUUUCAAACUGUGAACUCCCUGACUCUCAAACAAGGACAGAAAGUUUACAUAACGCACAACGGACGCGAAAUAACGGGACAAGUUUCAGAUCAUGACGUUGACCUCGAUGAGGUUUUCAUCACGUCAAAAUUACCCGACGGAGAAGUCGUUGAACUGACCAGGAAAGUAGACGACGUCCGUCUUAUGGAGAGCAGAAAGUCUGCAAGACUCCAGGACCAGGAUACAGACUAUUCAAAGCUGGUGGAAAUGCAUCCAGAACCCAAGAAACGGGCGGUAUCUCACGUCAUUGACGUUCCAGCAAAUCUGGCAAAAAGUCGGCGGCGUGCCCACUCGCCAGACAUAAGCGAUGUCGAAAUGGAGGAUGAAGACGAAAUGGAAGUAAUGGACGAACAGAUGGCAGCUAUGGUGCUCACAUGCUUAUCAGCGAGUCCUGCCUCGCCCGGGUUCCCUGCUCAUUUUUCAUUUGAAAAAGAGAAUCCCAUUUGUCCGCCAUCAUUUCCCGAAAGUCAUCUCCACGACCUUUCCGCAAGUUUAGCAAGUAGUGGAGUGGCAAGCAAUCCUUCAGGAGAGUCCCGUACACCCUCACCACCUCGGCUACAUGGUUUGUCAGAGAGUGCCCCAACAAUGGGUGCCUUGUUCCAUUCAUCGAAUAUUGACGAGGGUAUCGAGUUGGAUGACACCAUGCCAUACUUUGCAGAGGAUCUAGGCCCUAAGAAGAGAAAGAACUCAACGAAAACACUUUUCCAGUGCACAUGGCCAGGUUGCAAGAAAGUCCAUUCAACAGAGUCGAGCAUCGAACGCCACAUUAGAGGUGCACACCUUGGGCACAAAAAGAUGGCUGAUUCAGAAGACCUUUCCGAUCACGAGGAAGAAUUCUACUACACAGAAAUCGAAGUUUCGGUCGACUCUGUUGCAGACACCCUAGCCAACAUGAACACAUCUAGCUCUCCACAGGCAACUAAUACCAAUGCAGAGAUGUUUGCAGCAGCAAUGGCAAGGCCUCCUGUCAGCGACCAUGACUACCAGAAGAAGGAACACCGACAUGGUCACGUUCCCUUGAGCACCUCUAAGCCAGAGUCAUCAGACAACAUCUCCAUCCCAGCUCCCCACUUCAAGAGAUCCUUCUCCUGGCAGUAUGGACCGACAUCUCCCAUAACAUCAUCAUCUGUGUCUCCACCAAUGAGAAUGAACAAAUUCAGUCCACAGUUUCAAUUUGGCACGUCACCUAAGUCGCAUAUCAUCAUCGCUUCGCAGAAAUGCUCGCCAAUGCACAAGAAAACGCGGAGCGAGGUUAAGAAGUGCCGGAAGGUUUACGGGAUGGAGAACAGGGACAUGUGGUGUACACAAUGCAAGUGGAAGAAAGCUUGCUCACGGUUUAUGGAGUAACACUGACAGAGGAAGGACAAUUUGACGAGGCCUAUCCAUAAUGGAGCUCUUUCUAAUACUUUAGAUUACAACACAGGGUGGCCCAGAAUUAUUUUUUCUCACACAAUGGAUACACAAUAGAAUUCUCUUGUGCAAGGGAAGAUAAUUCUGGCCACCCUGUAGUCUGAAUCACCAGUUUGCACCUCCUUAUUUUUGCAAAUCACAAAAGUUUCGCUCCAUUUUUUAAAGGGAAAAUUGAUAAAAUCUGCAAUUUUUAUUUUCGCAAAUCAAGAUAGAAAUAGCCGGCAAAAAAUUAGUGGUUUACAGCAGUGACAUUUAAUGGAAGGUCUCAUGCCAAUAUUAUGUGCCAUGUGCAUAAUGGAUUGUGAAAUCAUAAAUUUUUCAGGGCUUUAUAAGUUCUCACGCUCUAAAAUAUGUAUUCAUGAAAUUUUUGGUUUGCUGACGAACUUGACACUCUAACAUUGCCGGCAGAUGACUGUCACUAAUCCCAAGUCGUGUGAUAAGUUUUAAUAGGAAUUUGUUGAUUUUUUAUUUUGCUGGCAAGGGUUAGGGUGCUGAGAUUUCAGUAAUUUAGACUGUUAUUUUAUUUUUGGGUUGAGGGGUACAAAAAUAGUCAACAGAUCAGACAGUACUUUAUUGGGAUAAACAGUACACUUUGUCCAAUCUUUAACUGUCAACGAUGCCAUUGAACAUACAAAAUGCAUUUCACUCUCAAAGAUGCUUUGUAUCUUAAUGAGCACCUGUCUGAUUGAAAUCAAAAUUUCCAUGGGUGAACCUUAUCCCGUCUAAACACAAGUAAUAAUUGUAUCAGUUUCAGGUAGCAGGUUUUUGUAGAGUAUGCGUAUACAUUUUAAAAUGAAUGUAUUUUUAACCACUUCAAACUUACGUUACUAUGCACAGAAUGUUUAUCAAAUCAUAAGUGAAAUGGUAACAGUCUAAACUCUCUUCGCAACAAAGCAAUCAGUGCUGCCAUCUGUGUUGCUAGAGCUAAACUUAAAAAAACCUUGCGAAAUUUGAACAUUGAGGUAUCGACUUUGGUCGGGCUAAACUUCUUUCAAGGCAGCCUUUAAGAAGCGUUAUUUCACUGAGUAUGCAAUAACACAAUCAUGACAAUAGCUUAAGGGUUAAUGGACAAAAUUCUAGUUCUAGUGACGGAACCCUCAAAUUAACAAAACCCCUGUCAUGAACUGAAAGUACCAGUACUUUGUAAAUAUUGAACCCUUUUUAAAAUGACACGGGAGUAUUUCAGUAAUACUUCUUGAACUCCAUUGAACAUAUUCCUCACCAUUCAUAUUCAUAUACACCACUAGCUUUUACCUUACCUAAAUGUUGCACAAAUAACAUAGAUUACAGCAUUGAAAGUUGUUAGUUGUUUUAAUUGUGCCAACUCAAAGCUGGGCUUUAAAAUUUACCAGUUUGCCCUUCAAGUUGCAGCUCUAUGUAUAAAAUAAGUAUGGUUUUAAGAAUCUAAGUGUUACUGUAGUUUUCGAUUUGGUGUUGUGAGAAAAACCUAUUCAGUACAAGGUACAUAUAGGUACAGAGAGAGAAUUUCACCUUCAAAGUCAAUACUCGACUUCUCUGCCAGGUCGAUGGGGGCAUAGGCUUCUGUGUGGAGGAUGCCACCAGGACCAAAUGCAUAUCAUGGGAGAGGGGGGGUUGUCUUUAGGAAAAACAUGUUUGCUUUAUAAAUUCACGUUUUGUAGUUUGAACAUGGACUUCAUUUUGUAGACUUGUAUAUAUCUUACAGAUGUAGGAAUCAUAUUCAAAACGUAUUGACCAGUGUAAAUAAAUAGAAUAAUAAGUUGUCUAUCAGGGAAUAUUGCCAUAUCUUCAUACGUUUCCAAGCGCACUCCAUAUAUUGGUGGUUUCAUGACUGAUGAUAAUAAUAUGCAAUGUGACGGGGCUAGGUCUUGUUUUCUUUGGCAAUAAUUAAAUAAAUAUGUUCCUGUUUCAAGAAUGAACAGUUUCGAUACUGAAAGCUAGGAGAGACCUCUAUUAGAGAUUGCAUGUAACUUAAUCUUGCCUACUUGGCUGUUGCCUGAUAGACACCCUUUACAAAUUCACAGAAUGAUUAUCAGAUAUUUCGGAGUAUCAUCAAAGCAGUGGAGAACAUGGGGUUAGGUUCGAAAUACUUAGUGUUUGUUACAUGUUUGGUUAUGUCAUUACAAGAUUAAACACACGCGUUUCUAGUCAGCCAAGUGUCUUUAAGUUGCAAAAAAUGUGCCAAAGUUUGAAGCAGAAUUUGAGAAAUGUGUAUAGAUAUUUUUAGUUGUUAGACAUGGUAUCCAUGGCAACUGGUUAGAAGUAACUGAGUUUGAUUAAUGUAGUUGCAUUGUUUUUGGGAUGAGAUAUGUUAGUUUAACCCUUCAGUAUUACUAAAUUAUCUAGGGUUCAUUAGCACAUUAUUCGAACCUUAAAUUAAUGUUGUUAAUUUGGUUGACUGAUUUUAUCAUAUUAUGAACUUGCAUAUUUUGACUGGGAUAUAUGGGCAUGCUAAAUACUGAACUAUAAUCAUCAUUCUGUUAUGUUUCCUUAACUUGCACGUCCAAGUGUAUAAAAUUAACUUUUUAGCAGAUACCAGAGCCAUCUAACAUUCGGCUUAGAAAUUAAAUAGUGUGACAUGCAGAAAUAGGCAAUAUUGCAGUUAUAUAUUGUCUCCGACAUUACAAGUGCUAUGCAUUAUUUGUCACCUAAGAAUUCAUUGACAGAUAAUUGAAUGUUUUUCCUUGAUGAAAAAGGUUAUGAAAAAUUCACACUUUGGAUAUAUUCUGUGGUUAUUUGGAUUCAGUUCACCAGAGUUUUGCUGAUUUUGUGCAUAAAGCAAACUGUAUAUUGAAUCAUUGUAAAAAACUGUUAGGUAAUAUUAUGUAAAUAGUCAAAUAUUGUGAAUUUGUAAAUAAAUGUAUUUUGAAAUAAAUAAGAUCAGAAUAUAUGUACAGUGGAACCCCGGUCGGCGACCACCUCAGUAACGCGACCACCCCGCGAACACGACCAAAAUUCUCCGGUCCCGAAUGGUUUUCUCUCUAAUUCCCAUUAACUGGCCCUCGCUAACACGACCACCCCGGUACCCAGACCGCGACCACCAGCUUGGUCGGUCCCAAACUGCAAAUUAACCCCGCUAACGCGACCAUGAGGCCUAAUUGCCGUAAUCAACCAUGACUGCAUGGUAUCAAUUGGCACCUUCUCGCAAAUCCGUGUUGAUAAUUAGCACCUCGAACACAAUGACCAUGGGAAUCCAUAUGAAAAUAAAUGAUGUGUAAGUGAGUUUGAUCUUGGAGGAACUAUACUUCAAGUAUAAUUCCUCCAAGGUUUGAUCAAAUGUAAGCGCAAAUAAAAUGAAGAAUAAACUUUCUUUUCGA